AUGCGUGACGCUUACCCCCCUAAAGCGAAAUUGGCCAAAUCUCCAGUUAUCUUCAGUACUCCUCUCAGCGAUAAAGCAGCGAGUCACCAAAGGGCUGACCUUUAUUCACCUGGCACUCAGUUCGUUACCCUCAAUGUGGACGACGUCAAUGUGCAUAUAGAGGACUGUAAUGCCUCAAAAUCGAUUUCAUUUGAGGACUUUGCCAUCAAAAUCCUUGGGAUACCGGUCGAUUGGAAAAAUAGCUGGUUGACAAGGCUUAAACCCGCUUUGGAGUUGGACGAAUGGUCGAAGUAUAAAGAGGCUUGGUAUAAAGAGUCUCACGAAAAAGGGCUCUACGAACCUUUCUCACAGUUGUGUAACAAGGUUAUCGCCACCAUAACCGGAGGACAGGAUAACAUGAACUCGUUGGUGGUGUACCUGCAUGACGAGGCGUUUCAAAUCGGUUACGCGAGACGCCCCCCCGACACCGCUGUUACUCUCUGGGGAUGGGCGGUGAAGGUUGGGGGCAUGAUAGACGACAAGAAGAUCUUCGCAGUUCUUUCCGCAAACUUAGUGAAGAAGCCUUCGAAAGGAGAAAGCUCUGAGGUCGCUUCUGGCGUUGGUUCUUCCUCUGGUUCGAAAAAGCGCGCUCUUGCUUUGACGACGUUCGCUCAACAUUCCACCCAAGGAAGCAAAACACGGAAGAAACAGAGGAAUUCUAAAUCUUCCCAUACUGUUGUUGAACCACGUUCGGCUGCUUCAGCUAAUGAAAAACGAUUGGUAGGCAAACCACCAAAAGAUAACAAUAACCCUGGCCAUGUUCGGUUGCAAUGCGCUGGUUACGCCCUCGAGAUGUUAACGAGCGGUCGUGUUCGUUCCCAUUCGUUUGGAAUGCUUGUUGAUGGGCCCAAUAUUCAGCUUCAAUAUUAUGAUCGCUCCAUGAUUGUCAAGACAUAUGGGAUCUGCCUAUCUGACAAGGAUGAGCGACAAUUGUUUAUAGCUGCCCUCUACCGCUUUACUCAGUUCACUCCAGUGGAAUGGGGUAUUUUGUUACACGGCGACGAGGAAAAUCCUGAGACGUGGUUAAGGACGAAGACUCCGACGCCGAAAAAACCGGGAAGACAUCGAGAAACGAUCUGUUCGCGGGGAUGGAAUUUGUACUCAAAAAGAAAGAUACGGAGAAACGCAUUCGAUUCGUUCGCCUCAUAUUCCGCAGUCACAGAACAUGGUCGUGGUACGAUUGUAGCGGAGGCCGAGUGCAUUUGCGGAAAUGGUGGGUGUCAUUGUGAUUGGAAGGGGUCCUUGGUAGUGAAGAUCAGCUUCCCGGCCACUGGCACAUGUAAGGAGUUCGAGUUGAUCGAAGAAGUUCUCCAUCGCGCCACAGAACUUGGACAUACAUGGGUCCGAAAACAUCUUCCGCGUAUAUUGUGGUCUCAAGUCAUUCCUUUUGGUGAAGACAGUCCACAAGCGCGACUAGCGGAACUCUUCCCUAAGUACGGAAAGGCUUGUGUUCAAUACGAAGGACGGUGGUUCCUCCACGUUUGA